UCCGUUUUGAUGCUUUCCUUACGAAUUAUUACUUGAAGAAACCUGCAAUUGGUGCUUGGAUAUGUCGAAUAGUUGCUAAUGUUAUUAUCAUAACCAUACGAACAGAAUUAUAUCAAGCAAUGAAACAGACUUGGCUUUGUACAUUGCCUCAUCCAGCUGAAAAAGUUUUUGGAUUACCUCGCGAUUAUGACAUGAUUUUAGAAAGAAAACAACUUGAUG